UUUAUUUUCCAGAGCAUUAGUUGCCAGUGUUUACGCAAUGUAAAUGCAGGCAUUAUGGGUGCUGCCGUUGAACCACUUAUGUAUGGCAACUCCAUAGCAUAUGGUGCAGAAUAUGCCAAUCCCUGGGUCGAAUCAGGAUACGGUUUGAAUCUGGCAACCCUUGCAGCGUCUAACAAAUGUGGCUUCACUGUUACUAGCAGUUCGCCAAUCGCACCAAACGGUGUGUCAAUCUUGUCAGAGAAUAUGGUGAUUGAAGGACCUUUGGCUGUCAAUGGUCAAUUGCCAUUCCUGGGCACUCUCGGUCUUGAGGGUACGCUUCCCGCUGCUGGUAUGGGUGUCGUUUCCUACGGUUGUGGUAAUGGCAACGUUGGCAUUACUAACGAAGCAAUGCCAGGCAGCGGUUAUGCUCUGGCAGGACCGUAUGGCAUGGGACCCGGUGUUGGUCUGGGAUCCGCUGUUGGCUUGGGACCCGCUGCUGGCAUCGGACCCAUUGGCAUUGGUCUCAAUGGCAUGUACGGAGGCUGUGGAUGUCAAAACGUUUAUUAGUUUAAGUGUUUAUUGUUGAAUAUUGAAUAAUUCUACUUGAAGUGUAUAAUAAUUUAUAAAU